AUGGUCCCUUUAGUCGAGCCUAAGGGAGUUGUCGAGUCGAGAAAAUCAAAGCACAAAGCAAGGAAGUCUAAGCGCAAAUCAAAGAAAUCUAAGGGCAAAGCUACCUCACCUGGUGCAAGCUCAACAUCGACCUCUCAAGACCCUAUUGGAGACGUGGAGAAAGAUGGUAAUGCUAAAGUAAUCACCCCAGAGACACGUCCCGCCCCGCCUCCAAAAGCAAAACCUUCCGAGCUUCCUUGGUUUAUGCAUAUCGCGAAUUACCUAGCAGCAGACGUUGAACUGCCACGAUUCUUCGGCUACAACAAAAAGAAGUUCUUGCGUGAAGUUAGAAGGUGCAUCUCCGAAGAAGAAGUUCCAGACUAUGCUGAACACUUUGCUACUGAUAAGACUGACACCCAUAAAUUCAUAUCUAAGUGUGAUGCUUGCCAAAGACAAGGGAACAUCAGCAAGCGACAUGAGAUGCCAAAAAACUUCAUUCAAGAAGUUGAAGUUUUUGAUGUUUGGGGAAUCGACUUUAUGGGUCUGUUUCCUUCGUCUUUUGGAAACAAGUACAUCAUUGUUGCUGUUGACUACGUGUCUAAGUGGGCAGAAGCCAUAGCCAGCCCAACAAAUGACGCAAAAGUAGUAAUGAAGAUGUUCAAGUCGAUCAUAUUUCCAAGAUUUGGUGUUCCACGACUCGUCAUCAGUGAUGGUGGUUCCCACUUCAUCAACAAAGUAGCUACACCUUAUCACCCACAGACGAGUGGCCAAGUGGAGGUAUCAAACAGAGAACUCAAAAGAAUUUUGGAAAAGACAAUAGGACCAACAAGAAAAGAUUGGUCAGCAAAGCUUGAUGAUGCUCUUUGGGCAUAUAGAACUGCGUUCAAAACCCCAUUGGGAACUACACCUUUUCAACUUGCUUAUGGUAAGGCUUGUCAUCUUCCAUGGGAGUUAGAGCUCAGGGCAGAAUGGGCCAUAAGAAAGCUGAAUUACGACAUCCAGACAGCAGGUGCAAAACGUUUGAUUCAGCCAAAUGAGUUAGAGGAGAUUCGCCAUACAGCCUAUGAGAAUUCUAAGAUCUAUAAGGAGAAGACGAAAGAGUUUUAUAACAGGAAAAUAGUUCAUAAGACGUUCUCACCUAAUGACCAGAUCAAAGAAGUUUUACCAUUUGGUGCUGUGGUUCUAUGGAACCGCCAAGGAGGCGAUUUCACUGUCAAUGGACAACGUCUUAAGCCAUAUCUUGCAGACAUUCAAGAAGAAAAGGAAGAUUCGAUCUCCUUAGCAGAUGCGCCUAAUGCCUAA